GCCUAUUUUUAUUAUUCCGAACCACUUUCUGCGGCUGACAUCUGAAUUGCUAGGCAAUCCAACAACCCUGUCAUCGAUAAACGCACUCUGAGUCCCAUUAUCGGAUUUACCAUCGUCUCGCCUCUCUGCAUCGCACAAUAUUGGAUUAAAUCACCACGAGAAACUCUGGCACGUUCCAAUCUCCCGUCUCUUUUUAUUUUUUAUUUUUCCAAAGCUCCACGCCCUGUGCUUAUAUUAGCAUUUGUAUUUUUCGCACACUCUCGUUUUCAUUAGUGUAGAUCAACUUGCGUUAUACAAAGGCGAUUGUCCAAAGGGAAAUCAGAUACACUGGUCGAACUCUGCAUAAAAUGGAGCUGCUGACAUCGAUGAUAUCUGUACUCCGGCAUGGCUCCUCGGCCUUUGGUGCCGUAGCCCCAGCAACAUCAGUCGGCGGCGGGCGGCUGGCCGCUUGUCUGCUGAUGCCGAAAAGGCAUUCUGGGCACAGCAGGUGGGCCAAAAUACGCCAUUCCAAGGGCGCCGCGGACGUGAAGAAGGGCCAGAUAUUUGCGUCCAUUUCAAAGGAGAUCCUAGCCGCGACAAAAGAGGGCGGCACGGAUAUGAAGUUCAAUCUGCGCCUUGCUGCUGCUAUCAAACAGGCCAAGCAGGCAGACAUGCCCAAGGAAAACGUUGAGCGUGCGAUCAAGCGCGCGGCAUCCAAAGAGUACUCAAACGCAGAAAGCGUCGUGUACGAGGGGCUGGGUCCCCAUGGCAUUGCUUUCAUGAUCGAGUGUCUGACGGACAACAAAAACCGCGCAGUCAAGGCCCUGCGCAACAAGUUCAAUCGCAUGGAAGGGUCAAUGACCUCCGUCGGAUACAUGUUUGAGAUGAAGGGAUGUAUUUGGUUCACAGCGGGCGAGACUGGCGAUUCGGAGGAUAUCAUGUUUGAGAAGGCAAUCGAGGCGGGUGCGGAGGAUAUUGCAGAGCUGGGGGAUGGCAGGUUUGAGGUCACUUGCGAGUUUAAUAAGCUUAGGGUUGUGACCCAGCAACUGAGCGAGUCCUCGGGGUACACGAUAGAGCGCAUGGCUGGUGCGUACAUAUCUACGACAUCGGUGGAUGUGAAUGAAGAGCAGGCCCAAGAGCUGCUUGCAAUCAUCGACGAUCUUGAGGAGCUAGAUGAUGUUGUCAAGGUAUACAGCAACAUGGCUUAGUUUCUCUCAUUAGUUUUUUUUAUCUUACAAUCAUAUUUUACUUGUUACUAAUGUUUAAUUUUUUUUAUACAUUUAUUAGAUAUUUCAAACAAUAAA